CAGGAAGAGAGAGAGAAAGAGGGUCAGUCAGGAAGAGGGCGAAGAGGUCGAGAAGUGACUCCUUGCCGGUCGCGACAGACGGCCAGCGGCGAGAUGAAGAACCGUGUGUUGCUAAAGAGUGCGUUGCUUCUGCUGCUGAUUGCGGCGGACAGCCUGGUGACAGCGUCCGAGGACGACGACUUGAUCUUCGAUCCGGAGGGCAAACAAACCGCCGCUCAAGCUCCAUUGAUCGAGACGCAUCAAGACGAUUCUUUUUUUCACAGGGUAAAGAGAGAGCUUUUGAAUUUAUUGAGCCCGCUAUCCACGGACAUAAUCACAACAACGCAAGCGCCGCAAGAGCAAAAAGAAGAUGGAGAUCAAAAUCAAGAUAUUGAUAAAUCCGUCAUCUUGAACGAUGAGAAUAAAGGAAAUCGUACUCUUGAUCAGCCUGAAACGCCAAGUGAAACGGGUAUCGGUGGCAUCGAAAGAUUGACUCUCGAGAAGAACGAGGACAAUGACGAAGCAGACGAUGAGCACGAAAAUGAGAUUAACAACGCCGCGGAAAGUCAAAGAAUACCAAUAACGUACAAUUCUGAUGACGAAGAUUUGGCUGGUUCAGGAGAGAUCGAAGGCAGCGCAGGCGAAAUAGAUUAUCAUCCAAACGUAAACCAAAAUCGCAACACUGAUGGCAAAGCACGAUUCUAUCGAAUAACAUUGACAGUUGGCGAGCCCUAUAGGCGAGAGUAUGCUGAUAGAAACAGUCUUGAGUACCGAGAAUUGAGCAGCAAUCUCACACACGCCGUCGAGAAUUUGUACAAUCGUUACUUUCAAGGACACAAUCAUUUCGCCAACGUCGUCAAAAUAUCGCCAACGACCGACGCUUUUACGUCGCAAGUUACCCUAGACAUUGGUUCGACAAUCACGGACGAGCUCGAGGUGCGUGCCGUCCUAGAGGAACAGCUGCAGUUUCAUUCCUUGGGCAGCAUCCAAGUAGGUCCGGAGGGAUUCACGUUCAGGAUAUUCCAAGCCGGAGAGAAGGACACGCAGCCGGAAUGCGAUCAGAUGGCCGAAUUAAGGUGCAGAAACGGCGAAUGCGUGCCUCUAGAAUCCCGCUGCGACGGCGUAUUGCAGUGCAACGACGGUUCCGACGAGGACAACUGCCCGCCGCUGAACAGGACACGCGACGAUUUUGAGUACACCACCGUGACACCGCUACAUUACCCGGUGGAGACGACCCGCAGAUCCCAGCCUGAGGUAAAGCCGGAGGUAUCGGACGUCGACGACAGGGAAACCGAGGAGUCCACGCUGAGGUCGAACAAGUGCCGCGCCGACGACACGGUGCGUUGCCACGACGGCAGUCGUUACAUCUGCUCGGUGCAGCAGUGCGACGGUAUCCCGGACUGCGAUGACGGUGGUGACGAGGAUGAUUGCCCGCACCCAGGCUGCAGCGCUGGCGAAUUCCCGUGCGACGUGAACAGAUGCAUACUGGAAUCUCAACGGUGCAACUUUAUAGAGGAUUGCCAAGAUGGUAGCGACGAAUAUGAUUGCAAUUAUCCAGUUUGUUCUUCGAAGGAGUUCAUAUGCAGAAACGGGCAGUGCAUCGACAGUAACAGACACUGCGAUGGCGUGCAGGAUUGCCACGAUGGAAGCGAUGAGCACAAUUGCCCCUGCAAGGAAGACCAAUUCGAAUGCGCGCCUGGUUAUUGCGUGCACUUAUCACGACGCUGUGACGGAUACACGGACUGUGUCGGUGGAAGGGACGAACAAAAUUGUUACAACAUGAAACGGUGUCGGUCGGACGAAUUCGAGUGCGACAGCGGUUUGUGCGUCAGCAUAAAUGCAAGAUGUGAUGGACGAAACGAUUGUUCCGAUCGUUCUGACGAGUAUAAUUGCAACGUGACUACUUGCAGUGGGGAUGAAUACCGCUGUAUGGAUGGCACUUGCUUAAGUAUCGACAAGCGUUGCAACGGAAUCCCCGAUUGUCGCAACGGCGAAGAUGAGAUCCAAUGCGGUUGCGGACCCACCGAGUUUCGCUGCACGGACGGCCGCUGCAUCAGCAACGUGUUGCAGUGCAACGGGGUGAACGAGUGCUCUGACGGCUCUGAUGAGAGGGAAUGCGGUUUGGCCCCGUGCCCUUCCACGGACUUCACCUGCGGGGAUGGCUCUUGCAUACCGAUGAACGCGGUCUGUGACGGAUUCGACGACUGCCCCCGGGCAGAAGACGAGCUUUAUUGCGAGCGGGAAUGCACGCCUAACCAGUUCAAAUGCGCCACCGGGAACAUGUGCAUCGAGGAUGUCUACAGGUGCGACGGCCAUCCGGAUUGUCCAGAUCACAGCGACGAGGACUGCGCUCCGUCCGCUAACGACACUACACACACCACUUCGCCUACCACCAGCCCAUUCAAUCCACGCUGGACACCCGAACGCAAGAGGGAAUGCGAUCCGAGGACGGAGAUGCGCUGCGACGACGGCGGCUGCGUUCUCCUACGACGUAAAUGCGACAAUAUCUUCGACUGCCUCGACGGCAGCGACGAGCGGGGCUGUGGGGUUUGCACACCUGCCGAAUGGAAGUGCGCCAGUGGCGAAUGCUUGCCGGAAAACCAAAGGUGCGACGGGAUAAUGCAGUGCAGUGACGGAUCCGAUGAGGAUCGAUGUGUAACCGAAUGUCCGCCUGGGUGGUUUCGCUGCAACGACGGAGUGUGCCUCGACAUUAAGAGACGUUGCGAUGGCCGGCCCCAUUGCUUCGACGGCUCCGACGAGUUCAAUUGCUCUCAAUGCCCCGACGGUCAACUACCCUGCGCAAAUGGCGUCUGUAUCAAUAAGAACUUCUUCUGCGACCGCAAUAUCGACUGCCAUGACGAGAGUGACGAACUGAAUUGCCCGGGCAGCGGCGAGACCGGCGGUUCACGCCAAGAAUGCCACGACGACAGCUUCACCUGCAACGACGGCAGCUGCAUACCUCGGGCUGCAGUGUGCGACGGACGUGCGGAUUGUCGUCACGACGAGGACGAGAUUAAUUGUCGCCGAGGAUGCACGCGGGACCAGUUCCAGUGCGCCAACGGAGAUUGCAUUCGCGCCGAUCAGAGAUGCAACGGAGUCAUCGAGUGCGCCGACGGUUCCGACGAACCGGAGGAGUGCGGACCGCCAGAGCCGUCACCGUCAGGUCAAUGUGCUACGGAUCAAUAUAUGUGCAUUUUGGAUAGAAGAUGCGUCCCAAUAUCCUCCGUGUGUAACGGAAUUCCAGAAUGCCGAGAUGGAUCCGAUGAAUAUAAUUGCGCUUCCAAUACGGUAUGCUCGUACGGGGAGUGGAGCUGUAAGAGCGGCGAUUGUAUACCUCACCAUCAACGUUGCGAUCGCCGGAUCGAUUGCCCGUACGACGACAGCGACGAGUUGGGCUGUCACUAUAGGCCGAUGCAAAGAAAUCACAGUAGGUGCAGCGCGCACGAAUGGAUGUGCAAUGACGGCCAUUGCAUCCCGCUGCAUCAGCGGUGCGACAAAAGGCUCGACUGUCCUAGAGACAUGUCCGAUGAGAUGGAUUGCAGUUAUGAUAAUUAUACCCAUGGAACAUCCGACCUAAGGCUGAAGACGUAUCCGAGUGAACAAGUGAUUAAAGAAAACCCGGCGAAGCAAGGUCGCGAGGUCGUGUUCCAAUGCCGUGACGAGGGUCUUCUACGUGCGAGAGUACGUUGGAUUCGCGGCAACGGCCUUCCUCUGCCGCCCGGCAGCCGGGACAUCAAUGGUCGCCUGGAGAUACCCAACAUCCAGCUCGAGCACGGCGGAACCUACAUCUGCGAAGCCGUGGGUUAUCCACCGUCCACCCCGGGCCGGCAAUUGACCGUCAUUCUUAACGUCGAGAAAUUCGAGCAGCCGGCCACCAGACCGCCGCAAGUGUGCCAGUACGAUCAGGCUACCUGCAGCAACGGCGACUGUAUUCCCAAAUCGUACGUCUGCGAUGGCAAAUUCGACUGCACCGACGGAUCCGACGAGAUGCGGUGCAGUCCGCACGGAUGCGAGCCCAACCAGUUCCGCUGCAAUAAUAAGCAGUGCGUUAGCAAGUUGUGGCGUUGCGACGGCGACAAGGACUGCGCGGACAACAGCGACGAGGAGAACUGCGCGCCGUCUCCCCCGGGAUCUCCGUGCCGUUACAACGAGUUCGCCUGCAGCAGCAAUAAGCAGUGCAUCCCGAAGAGCUACCACUGCGACAUGGAGCGCGACUGCUUGGACGGCAGCGACGAGCUUGGAUGCUCUCCGGUUUACAUCGUGAAACCUCCCUCGCCGAUGGUCGUCCUCAUGCCGGGCGACAUGCUGGUCCUCACCUGCACGGCGAUCGGUGUUCCCAUACCGGAAAUCAACUGGCGUCUCAAUUGGGGGCACGUUCCCGCGAAGUGUACGAUCGUGUCCACCAACGGUACGGGCACGCUGACGUGUCCGGACAUACAGAUGGAGGACCAGGGCGCGUACUCGUGCGAGGCGUUGAACGUCGGAGGCUUCGUCUUCGCCGUGCCGGACGCCAUCGUCGUCGUGAAGGACGGCGGCAACGUAUGCCCCAGGGGCAAAUUCAAUUCCGAGGCGAGGACCGCCGAGGAGUGUAUCUCGUGCUUCUGCUUCGGCGUCGCCACCGAGUGCCGCAGCGCCGAUCUCUUCACUUACCAGAUCCCGCCGCCGUUCGACCGCCAGAAGAUCGUGUCGGUCGAGACCGUGCCGACGAUCAGGAUCCACGGCGACAUCAGCAAUCAGGCAACCAUCCGCCCCCUCGGCCGGGACGGCGUUCAGCUGCUGGAGUCCUUCAGCAACGACCUGAACGUCUACAACGUUCCCUACUUCGCGCUGCCGGAGAAUUAUCACGGCAGCCAAUUGAAGUCCUACGGCGGCUACUUGAGAUACUCGAUCCGCUACAGCGGUAGCGGCACACCAAACCGCGCGCCCUCCGUCAUCUUGAGCGGCAAUAAUUACGUCCUGGUGCACAAGGGUGAAGAGCCAACAGCGGACUACGAGAAUGAGAGAACGGUCAGGUUCUUCUACGGCGACUGGUACAAGCAGCAAGGGAGAAGCGAGAUCCUGGCGUCCAGAGAGGAGAUCAUGAUGACGUUGGCGAACGUGGACAACAUUCUUAUAAAAGUGAAAUACGACGACUCGCCGCAGCUGGACGUUCGCCUCACCAACAUCGUUGUGGACACCGCCGACGUGCGAAACACCGGUCUAGGAUCCGCGUCCUUCGUCGAGGAAUGUCAAUGUCCUACCGGAUACACUGGUCUGUCUUGCGAGCAUUGCGCGCCUGGUUAUCUGAGACGCGAAAGCGGUCCGUGGCUUGGCCAGUGUUACAGGGACGAACCACCGUGCCCUCCGGGAUACUACGGCGAUCCCUCAAGAAACAUCCCCUGCCAGAUCUGUCCUUGCCCGCUUACCAACCCGUCGAACCAAUUCGCUCGCACGUGUCAUCUUGGUUCCGACGGUCAACCCACGUGUGACUGCCCUCCCGGCUACGUUGGUCGCAGGUGCGAGCAGUGUGCUGCCGGUUACCAAGGGAAUCCCCUUAUUCCCGGAGAUAUGUGCGUCCCGCUUCAGCAAUGUGACCCCAACGGCAGCCUCAGUUCUAACGCCGAUCCACAGACCGGAAAGUGCCAUUGCAAGCAAUACGCAACGGGUCUCACUUGCAACCAAUGUAAGGCGAAUACCUACAAUCUGGCCUCGACAAAUCAGUUUGGAUGCAUAGGUUGCUUCUGCAUGGGCAUCACCAAUAGAUGCGUCUCUUCUAACUGGUACAGAAACGAGAUUCGUGUAUCGUUUACCAACUCGAUUCGAGGCUUCUCCCUGAUCGAAUCCAAGAGCACUGACACAUCGGACAUUGUAGAGGGAAUUCAUCUGAACGCCAUCAGCCGGGAAAUAGUCUACAGAGAUUUUCCCAAUCGUGGGAACAAUGACGUCUACUAUUGGCAAUUGCCUAGCAUUUUCUUAGGCGAUCAAAUAACAUCUUACGGUGGCAAUCUCAAGUACAUCGUCAGAUACGUGCCCUCUCCGGGCGGUCAGAGUUCAAGGAACAACGCCGCGGACGUCGAACUCAUUAGCGCUAACGACAUCAACUUGCUUUACUACUCCCACGAGUCUCCCGAGCCUAACUCCCAGCAAUCGUUCACCGUGCCGCUGCUCGAGCAAUACUGGCAACGUAAUGACGGUACUCAAGCGGACAGGGAGCAUCUUCUAAUGGCCUUAGCCGAUGUGCGAGCCAUCAGAAUCAAAGCCACUUACACGACGCAUACAGACGAAGCGGCGCUGUCCUCCGUGUCUUUGGACACCGCCGAAAAAUCUAACACAGGUAAAGCUCGCGCGGUCGAAGUUGAAGAGUGUAUUUGCCCCGCCGGCUACAAAGGACUUUCAUGCGAGGAUUGCGACGUUGGUUACACCCGUGCCAUCGAAGGACUUUACUUAGGCAUCUGCGAGCCGUGCAACUGCAAUAAUCACUCGAGUCAGUGCGAGCCCGAAACUGGCACUUGUAAGUAUUGCGAUCAUCACACCACGGGCGAGUUCUGCGAGCUGUGCGAACCGGGAUACGAAGGGGACGCCACUCGAGGCACCCCGAACGAUUGCACGUAUAGAAAUCCAAGACCCGAGCCAUGCAGAUGUGACGAGGCUGGUUCACGCAGCACUUCUUGCUUCGACGGUCGAUGCGAAUGCAAAAGGAACGUCGAGGGUCCACAAUGUAAUCGAUGCCGCCCGUCGACAUACGGAUUACGUGCUGAGAACAUUGAUGGAUGCAUCGAGUGUUAUUGCAGCGGAGUGACUGAUCAAUGUCACGAGAGCACAUUGUACGUAGAGGAAAUACCGACGUUGUUAUACGAAUCACAUCACGGCUUCACUCUCACGGACUCGAGUAGACGCGACGUAAUCAACUCCGAUUUCGUGGUAAAUACGGGAACGAGUGAGAUCGGUUACCGCUUUAAGGACAGUAGAAGCCGCAGAUUGUUCUGGUCGCUGCCGAGCGUCUUUACUGGUAACAAAGUAAAGAGUUACGGCGGGAACUUGACUCUGACGCAGCAUAUCACCGCGUAUCCUGGCGCUCAGAGUUACAUGGAUCAAGACGUUCUCUUGAUUGGCAACGGCAUCACAUUAUUCUGGACAAAUCCAGUGCAACUUCAACCCGAGAUUCCGCUGACCUACUCCGUUCCGUUGAAAGAGCACGAAUGGAAACGAAUGACCAUCGAGGGACCGCGCAGCGCUUCCAGGACGGAUCUCAUGAUCGUACUUUCCAAUCUGGAAGCCAUCCUGGUCCGCGCGUCUCACAGCGAGCAAAUGACCGCAACGUACAUCAGCGACAUCAGCAUGGACACGGCCGUGGAGAAUCUGAUUCAAAACCAACGAGCGACUCAGGUUGAGGCUUGUCGUUGCCCGACCGGUUACACGGGCACCUCCUGCGAAACCUGCGCUCGCGGUUAUUACAGAGACACCAGCGACCGGACCGUCAGUUAUCUGGGCGCGUGUAAUCUCUGUCCGUGCAACAAGAACGAGGAGAGCUGCGAGAUCAGCAGAUCCGGUCACAUCAAGUGCUACUGCCUGCCGGGAUACACGGGAGAGUAUUGCCAAGACAGUGGUGUCGGUGAGCUCAUGGUAAGCCUAAAGCCGAUGAGCGGCGAAGUCGAGCCGUACUCCACGAUCCAAUUUACGUGCAACUAUGACUAUCCAGACAAGUUUCACAUCUAUUUUAAAUUGUCGUCACUCGACGGAUUUCCCAUAACCGACGCACGGGGCGGCAAAAUCGGCCCGAUAAUGAAGACGGAGAAAGGAGCUGUUCGCACUUGGUUCGUUCACGUCGGGCGCACCCCCUGCAACGUGGAGUGCCACAUCGUGAAUGACCGCGGCAAAGAACUGGUCAAAAUCGUGACGUCGAUUACGCCAGUUGGAGAGACAACUACACAGGGCCCACCGGUAAUAUAUCCACCGAGGAUCACAAUUUACAUACAGGAACCGGAAUUCCAAAUCGUCCAGAUCGGAAAUAUGGUUCGAUAUCACUGCUCGGCCACAUCCAUGGAUCGGAACGAUUCGGUGCACAUUAGAUGGGAGAAAGAGGGUGACCAAUUUCCUCUUGAUGGAAGGAUAGUGGAUGACUCGAAAGGACUGUUGGUCAUUACGGAUGUGAAGGUGUCUGACAGUGGCAUAUACGUCUGCCAAGUGAGCGAUGGAAUAAACAUCGGAUAUAAGAAAGUCACGUUGACUGUUGGAGGAACCCACCCGGUCCCGCCUAGAGUCGUUAUAAGUCCAUCGUACAAGGAGGUGAAGGAAGGCGAACCGGUCGAGUUCCGUUGCGAAGCCAGCGGUAAUCCGCCACCCCAACUGGAUUGGAUACGAGUUCACGGCACCAUGAGCCCGGAGGCGACUUUCUACAACGGCGUGUGGAACCUUCCGGCCGCGUCGAAGAACGACGCAGCCGAGUACAAGUGCGUCGCUGUGAACAACAUUGGCUUGGACGAGAGAACGACGAUCCUAUACGUUAAAGACAAUCCUGACAAACCACCGCCUCAAGGUUUACCGCCGACCGUAACACCAUCCGAGUGGUCCGGCACCAGCGGAGACGUCGUCAGGCUAAUCUGCACGCCGUCUCAGUACGCGAACAUCACCUGGACGAGAUCCGGCGGUUUGCCGUUGCCUUAUACCGCCAGUCAGCGCGACGGUGUCUUGACGAUCACCAAUCCCACUCCCAACGAUUCCGGCAUAUACGUGUGCACCGCGACGAGCGUACGCGGAACGGAGACGAGCACCACCGCCAAGAUAACGAUAGUGCCCCGCAGAGAGCAUCUGUCGGUCAAGGUCAGACCGGAACGGCAGGAGGUGUCGCAGGGCACGGUGGCCGAGGUGCGAUGCAUCACCAGCGGCGAGCCAGGUCUACAGGUGAAAUGGAGCAAGUACUCAGAACAGAUGAGUUCCAACGUCCAGCAAGUAGGGGACACGCUCAAGAUCAUUAACGCCCAGGUCUCCGAUCGAGGAGUGUACAUGUGUCGGGUAACCAGUCCCGCGGGUAUAAGUUACGAGGCCAGUGCCAUCAUCGAAGUUGAACCUCGCGAAGCUCCAGUCUUACAGCUGUAUCCGCAAGAUGUACAAACGGUCAUCCUCGGCGGUUCCGCCGAUCUUCUGUGUCGCGCGACGGCCGGUUUCCCGAUGCCCGAGUUGCAGUGGUCUCGCCAGGACAAUCGACCAUUCGCCUCCAACAUCGAGCAGCUGCCUGACGGGCUCCUCAGACUGUCGAAUAUCACGAUGAACGACGGCGGCGCCUACAUCUGUUCCGCGUCGAACGAAGUCGGCUCGACGUCGGUCCUCGCGCAUAUCGAGGUGCAGUCCAUGCCUGUGAUCACCAUCACUCCGAAGCACGGUGUCUUGCAGGUGAAGCGCGGAAGCCGAGUCCGUUUGAUGUGCAGCGCAAACGGUCAUCCGCAACCCAAUGUGGCUUGGAGCAAACACGUGAACGGAAUAACUGUACAUGACACGUAUAGCAGAGCAGCGGCUGCUCCCUUGAGCGCCGUUUACGAGAUAUUCUCUGUUUCACCCGACGACGAAGGGUCCUACACUUGCCAAGCCACGAACGCCGUAGGAAUAGCUGAGGAGCGUGUCCACAUCCGCAUCGAGGACGAUGACGAUUACGUGCCUUGCACUGGCGACAGAGGCGAUAUUCCAUGCGACGACGAUCGACAGCGACCGGAAUCUAGAGACCCGAACCAAACAGGGGGAGGUGUAUUGAUCCCCAAAGACUACUUGAGAAUCGCGAACGGCGGCAAAGUGGAGCUGCGCUGUCAGGUAUUCGGACCGGAUGGAGAGCACAUCUACCUGGACUGGAAGAGAAGCGAUUAUCAUCCCCUCCCGGAAGGCAGCACAGUGCACAACGGAGUGUUAAGUAUCCCAACAGUUGACAGAAGCGCGGCUGGAGAAUACAUCUGCUUGGGCUUGGAUCCUGCCAACACCGUGCUCUUCCGAGCGAAAGCUCAUCUUGAAGUUAUAUCUCCGCCAAGAAUCGAAUUAAAUCCCACGCGUCAAACAGUGGGACCUGGGGAAAAUCCAUCCAUAAUUUGCACGGCCACGGGAGACGAACCCCUGCACAUCGAGUGGGAAGGUAUAGGACGCCAGUUGCCGUAUUCUGUAUCGCACAGCGGCGGCAUUCUGCAAUUCCGCGGCAUCACAUAUUCCGACGCUGGCAAAUAUGUGUGUAAAGCAACGAACCCAGUAGGAACGGCGGAAGCGGUAGCGGAAGUUUUAGUUAACGAACAUUCUUACGACAACGCAAGAAUCCGCGCUGAGCAAAGAGACGUGGUAACUAAUGCCGGUAAUUCUGUACGCUUACGUUGCGAAAUGCGCGAUCAUGCGAGGAUCCAUUGGAGCCGAGAGGGGCAACGCUUGCCGGCCAACGCGCGAAUCGGAGAAGAUUACUUGGAGCUGACGCAAGUGAAACCGGAAGACAGCGGAAGAUACAUCUGUCAGAUCCAAACGAGCCGCGGUGUAUCCAGCGAUUAUAUUAAUUUCAACGUUUCCCUGUACCGAUCGCAGUGCAGGCACUGGGAGUAUCAAUGCAGAAGCCUACAAUGCAUUCCGAAGGAAUACUUUUGCGAUGGCUAUGUUCAGUGCAACGACGGUACUGACGAACGCUUCUGCCGCAACGCGCGCUAUCGCCAAUAUCUCCAGAGACGACGCGCUGCCGCGGUGCCUACGGUGAGCAUCGAGGUGUCUCAAGAUCCAAUAAACAUCGGCGAUACCGUUGACAUACAUUGCACAUACACCGGAACGCGCAGUCCACGUUAUAGCUGGACGAGACCGAACCACGUGAGCCUGCCGGCGAACGCUCAGGAGUACGGCAACAUCUUGAGACUGACUAAUGUAGCCGUUGGCGAUAGCGGGCCCUACAGGUGCAUAGUAGACACGGCCGAAGGUACACUCGAGAAGGACUUCAAUCUGAUCGUACACGGCGGCAUCCUCGACGAACCAGCGAUCGAGACCAAACUCGCGCCAUACGGAUCAGAUCUGGAAAUGGAUUGCCGACUAGAUCUCGACCCGCCGAUACAAUUCCAGUGGCAUAAACUUGGUGGACUUCUGCCACGUGACAGCCAGACUUAUGAGAAUAAAUUGAAGCUUACUAAUGUAAAGGCGGAAGACGCUGGAACGUACAUUUGCAGCGGAAGUAACGAAGACUCGCGAGUCGAAGUGCCUACGGUGCUGGUCGUAACAGGAGUUGUGCCCAACUUUAGUCAGGCGCCCGAAAGCUACAUCGCUUUCCCUCCUCUGCCCGACUCUUACCUCAAGUUCAACAUCGAAAUCUCUUUCAAACCGGAAAGUUACGACGGCAUUCUGCUAUACAACGACGAGUCCGGCCACGACAACGGCGACUUUAUCGUUUUAUCUCUGAAUAACGGAUACCCGCAAUUCAAAUUCAAUCUCGGUUCCGGACCGGCUUCUGUUCGCGCGGAUAAGCCUGUCACCCUGAGCAAGUGGCAUACCAUCAAGAUCCAACGCAAUCGAAAGGAGGGGACGAUGCUGGUGGACGGCGAGGGCCCGUACAAGAUGGUCGCUUUGGGCAGACGCCAAGGUCUCGAUCUCAAGGAGCCCCUUUACAUCGGCGGUGUGCCCAGCUACAGCAGGAUCAACAAGCAGGCCGAAAUGAACACAGGUUUCGUUGGAUGCAUCAGCCGAUUGGUCCUCGGGGAGAAACAGGUCGAUCUGAUCGGCGAUCAGACCGACAGCGUGGGCAUCACGACUUGCGAGACCUGCGCCGAGAAUCCCUGCAACAACGGUGGUGUGUGCCAGGAAGCGGCCACGAAGAACGGCUACACGUGCCUGUGCCGAGCCGGUUUCAGCGGCAAGCACUGCGACAACGUCGGGCAAUCCUGUUAUCCAGGUGCUUGCGGAGAAGGUAAAUGCGUUGAUAAAGAAGUCGGCUUCGAUUGUUACUGCCCGAUCGGGAAGACAGGCUCGAGAUGCGAGCAUACGGUGAACAUCUACGACCCGACUUUCCAUAACGACAGAGCUUUCAUCGCUCACGAGACUCCAAAAGCUCUUAGACGGCUUAAGGUAGCCAUGAGUUUUAAUCCGGCGGACAACGGGGACGGGAUCUUGAUGUAUUCUUCUCAAAGUGACGAGGGCCUCGGAGAUUUUGCGGCGCUCGUGAUAAGGGACAGGCACGUCGAGUUUCGCUUCGACAUCGGCUCCGGAGUAGCGACGUUAAGAUCACCUUCCACCGUCCAACCCGGUAUAUGGAUGUACGUAACGGUAAAUCGAGAUUUCAAGGAUGCGAAACUGUCCGUAAACGGCGAGCCGUUUGUGGAGGGCAAAUCGCCCGGAGCCGCAAGAACUAUGAAUCUGAAUACGCCUCUCUACAUCGGAGGGGUAGAUCACAGAAGGAUCACGAUCAAUCGGGACGUCGGUGUCGAUCGUAGCUUCCGCGGAUGCAUAAGCGAACUCGAAGUUUCGUCGGUCAGUUUGGAUAUAGUAAAGUCAUCGAUCGACGCGGCCAAUAUCGAGGACUGCUCGGAGCCUCAUCCGAAUCAAACGAUGAUUCAUACCACCGUCACCACUCCGGCGUCAACGCAACCAACAACGUCGUACAAUCCUUGCGCAUCGAUCCCCUGCGUCCACGGCCAGUGUCAAAGUUUAAACGAUGACUACUCGUGUACAUGCGAAUACGGAUACGCGGGCAGAAACUGCGAGAAGAUGCUAAAGCAAUGCGAAUUUCUCACCCCGUGUAGAAACGGCGGUACCUGCACGGACCUCCACGAGUCCUACAAAUGCGACUGCCGCCUCGGUUACAACGGGCAGAAUUGCGAAAAGCUGGCGGAGAUCACGUACGAUGUUGCAUUCAGAGGAGACGGCUGGCUCGAAUUAGACAAAUCUGUCAUGAUGCACGGCGAAGAGCGUGAGGUUGUAGGCCUCGAGAUCAGUACUAAUAAGAGUCACGGAUUGAUUAUGUGGCACGGUCAAACACCGAACGAUUUGACUCCCGAUGAUUACAUCGCUGUUGCUGUAGUAGAUGGGUACGUGGAGUAUCAGUACAAUCUGGGCUCCGGUCCAGCCGUGAUUCGCGUCACCGCCCAGCGCGUCGAUGACGGAGAACGGCACAGGAUAAUCCUGAAACGUCAGGGAAGCGACGGCAGCAUCGAACUGAACGGCGAGCACACCGAGAACGGCAUCAGCGACGGGCUGCAGCAGACCCUGAACGCGAGGGGUAGCGUUUACUUGGGCGGCUUACCGGAUUACGCGAUGUCUUACGGCAGGUACUAUGACGGAUUCUCCGGUUGCAUUUACACGCUAGAGGUACAGGACUCAGGAGCUAUCGACAUCGGCGAGAAGGCCAUCAGGGGAGUAAAUGUCUCGCCGUGCACCAGUGAUCGAACUGAUAGACUUCCCACACGCGGUGACUACGAAAGGUACUACUGAAAAGAAGAUCCGCAUUUGCAUCUGAGGGAUGUACCGCGCGAAUUUUCACACCACUGACGAGCGGUAAUACCGUUGAUGUAAAUGCCGUGUUUAAAGCCAAAUACAUACGUUAAAUUUUUCAUACAUAUCUAAUAUUUUGGAAGAGACCAUUAAGACGUAUUAAAGGAUCAAAAGCAAAUAUGUUAUCACAGCUAAUCAAACGUUGUCGGAACAUUGUGUAACACAUAUAAAGACGCAACUUUUCGAUUGCAGUAAUUUGAUUUGACGGGACAUCCGCACAUCUGUGACACACGCAAAAAAAUCGAAAAGCGAAACGUAUUUAAAAUGCAUGUAUUCCUUUGACGGUUUAUCACGAACGACCUGGGGUAACAUGUGAAAGAUACGAAAGUAAACUAUUGCUAAAAGCGAGCAACAAAACAAUUUUAUAUCCAUAGAAUAUACAGAGUCUACCUGCACUAAUAUAUUGCUAUCGAUAUUUUAUAAUUAAAAUAACUAUAACGUUUUAUACCGCUUUAUUUGUACAAAAAUGGUAGAUACAAUUCCAUUCGCAAGUAACGAAUCAUUAUGUUAAAAGCGACAGAAGAUUUACGCUAAUUAUUCUCUCAUCUAGAAUUUUAUCGUUUACUGUUACGCGAUGUAAAUACAAGAAGGCUAGUAGCGAUUAAGCUUCUCAAUGUCUUUUCCGUUUCUCCUCGUUCCGUUUUUUCUUUGUAAUCAAGCUUCGCGCAGGCGUCUUUUAUUUUCGCAAAUCAGCUGAACGAGUUUCGAGCAGCUGAUACGGUGACUGAUACGAAAGAGAUGUGUUGACUAUAAAGUACAUAGUUAUAAUUUUUCACUGCCACGUGCUGAUUUAUUCAUAUUUAUAAUACGACGAAGGUUCUGUCAUCGUAUAAGGAUUAAAUAUUAUUCACUAGCGUAUGAGUGUAAUCAAAGCUUUAAUAAGACUUUGAUAUAUCUCCCGUAUUUUACCAGAAGAAAGACAAUAAAAUUCUCGUCACAACCAAAAUAAUUUCGUUGAAGAAACGCGACUUUUUUAUAAUCGAUAUAAUCGAACUUUUACACGUUGGAAAGAGAAUGCACAUUUAUAUGUAUAUUUAUAAUGCGAAAUGCAUAAGUUACGGACAUUAUACCCUCCAUUGACUAUUAAUCCUCGAAAAAAAAAAAACCAAGAUCCUUGAAGCAAAAA